AUGGCUGGUGGUGCUGUCUUGAACUGUAUUCUAAUUAAUGAAUUCAACACGUCAACACAAGAUUUAGAUUUUUUUUGGUUAGGUGGUAGUUGGAUUUUGUUUAUUAAAGCAAUUGAUCGAUUUAAAAGAAAAGUUCAAUCAAGAAUUCUAGAAGAAAAAAAUAUUCACGGAAUUUUAAUCGAAUUUGUUCUUUCAAUGAAAGAAAAUCAUAAACUUCGAAUUCAAUUCAUAUUUGGGAGAGAAAAUUCAAACAUUUCAUUUAUAUUACAUACUUUUGAUCUAGACAAUGUACAAGUGGGCUUUGAUGGUUCUAAAGUAGUUUCAGUAUGUCAAAUUGAACAACUUAGUUUUUUAUUUCAUUUACUUUUGAAGACACUCGGAUUUCUUCAAGCUGUUGCAACAAGAUCAUUUAUUUCUUAUCGUGUUACUAAUAAUAAUAAUGAUGCUAUCUAUUAUUUAGAUCGUUGUUUAAAAUAUAAUAUGCGAGGAUUUUCAUGA